UCCUAAUUGUAGUAUUUUGUGUGUGUGAGAUUUCUAUGUACUUGGUUAUGAAAAUGUUGUUAGCUUGAAUGAAUAAGGCGAGAGGGACUUGGUGCAGAAUUUUUUUCCCCAAAAAACAAAGCUGUCAACGUGCUUCAAUAGGGGGUUCGGCUGGUUAAUUUUUUGUUAGUCUAGACAACUUGAAGGAAGAUUACGGUUUCUGUGCUUGCUGAAAACAGAUUUGAUUUGGCAUUUUUAGUUCUAAUCUUUGGCAUGGCAUGAUCAGUUUACUGAAUUAACUCUAAUAUUUAAAUAUGUGUGGAGUUGAAAUGGCCUCUAAAUAUUGUGUAGACUUUUGUGGUUUGGAGUUCAAAUGGCCUUUAAAUAUUGUGAAUACAAAUCUGUUUUGGAGGUCAAAUGGCCUCUACAUAUUGUGAAUACAAUUCUGUUUCGGAAAUGUCAUGGACCAUGCGUAUAUUGUUCAAUAAGUUUUUUUUGGAGUUCAAAUGGCCUUCAUUUUAUAGUUAUUUACUCUAAAACGUUUGGUAAGAAAAAUUCUGAUAUGUUUGUAAGAUUUAUAUGGAUAAGUGUCAUGUGGUUUUUAUGAAACAUAGUUUAGGGAAGUCCAAUUUGCACACCUUAGGUUCCCAUAACUUCAAAAAAAUAACAAGAAUAGUUAGAUACCUGGUUUUACUAUAAGAAUGAGUGGAGUAUAUUGUGGAAGGGAACAAUGUUAAUAAUUUUUCUGUGUAUGUGCUACGACAACUACUUUUAUUGUUCUCUUUGUAUAUGGACAGCAAUGCCUGAGUCACGUGGUGAAAAUUGCUCAAGCUCAGGAAAGUCAAUAGUUGAGUACCCAAUUUGUUACUGUGGAAUUAAAGCUUGUCAAAGAACUGCGCAUACGGAUGAAAAUGAGGGGCGGCGAUUUUUUGGAUGCCAAAACUAUAUGUCUGGGAAGUCUUGUGGAUACUUCUGCUGGUAUGACCCUGAAAUACCAUCAUAUUGCCAAAAAACUAUCAAACGAUUACAACACUCAAUUGAUAAAUUAAAACUUGAAGUUGAAAAGAUCCAAGCAUCAAUGGAUAUCCAAAGCUUGAAUCAUCGACUACAAAUAGAGUCCGAGAAGCGCAAGAGGCAAAUGGAGAAGGCUACCUACGUGACACUAAUUUCAUUGUCGUGGUUUUUCUUUGUUGGGUUGCUUAUAUCUAGUUGUGGUUGGUUCAAAGGGAAAUGUUAAUAUAGUUGUAGAAGUAAGCAACUACAAAAGUCUAUUAGUAUGUAGAAGAUCUUUGUAUUUUGUGGAAGGUGGGCUGUCAGCUUGUUGCUGGAAAUUUUGGAUCCGAGUGCUGGAUCUUUGUAUCAUUGUGGAAAGUGUUUGUAUUUUGUGAAAACGAUAUGUAUUUGUUGAUAUUAAUGAAAAUGAAGUUUGUAUUAUUAA